AUCGAAGUAUCAGUACACACACCUACUGUCUAGACACAUGUAUAUACAGUUCUGGGAGAUAUAACAUUCCUCUCAAGUCAUCCAGGCCUCUUACCCACAUGUGAUAGUUCUUAAUAUAAUAGAGAAAUCUCUUAUAGACAAAGUAUGGAAUUAAUUUUUAAAAUUGAUAAAAAAUCCAAACUUGAAACUAAAGGAGGGUUAAAUCACCAAGAACUGUAUAUACAUGUGUCUAGACGGUAGGUGUACCAAUACUCCGAUAGUCUAAAUUAAGUAAAUAAUGUAAACCUGGCUGUGUAUAAAAGUAAACUAAGUGCUAGUUACUGCAGUUAUAGAAAGCCAUGGAAGCAGCUAUUUGCUAUAGUCAAACUUCAACUGUCCAGCAAGAAGAUGGAAUGAAGCUACUAAAUCAAAUGAAUCCAAAGGAAGGAGAUGUUCUCCUUGAUCUUGGUUGUGGUACUGGUUUCCAUGCAAGAGAUGUAGCUGAGAGAGUAGGAGAAACAGGACGAGUUGUUGCAGUUGAUCCUGAUAGGAGCAGGAUUGAAGUUGCCAAGAACGCUCUGGACAGCAACCCUCCAACCAAUCUUCAAUUCAUAGUUGCCAGUGACAAGGACUUUCCUGCAGAUGACAUAAAAUAUGAUUAUGUUCUCUCAAGUUGUGUGGUUCACUGGAUCAAAGACAAAGAGAGUGCUUUCAAAAGGAUCUACAACAGCCUCAAACCAGGUGGAAAGUUUGGAUUCACUUCGCAGGAUGAUCCAAAGUACCCCGACAUUUUGAUUGAGAUGCUUCAACUGUGUGGCCCUCAAGUUUUCCAGGAGACAGCACAGUCAAUACAUUGGAAGUCUGCAAGCUACUACAAAGAGUUAGCAGAAUCCAUUGGCUUUGAGGUGACACUUAUGGAUGUUGCUGAGAGGACAAUAUCCUUUCCUGACAUUGAAGCAUUCAUUAAUUUCUUCUAUGGGGUUUUCCAUGGUAAGUUUGAUCGUACUCUACCAGCUAUUGACGGCAUUCGUGAGAAGUACAAGGGACAAUCUUUGAUGGUAACUGUUCCAAGACUGUCAGCAAUCUUGACCAAGCCUCUUAACAUUUAAUGAGAACAAUAGAACUUAGUUUGUGAAUGACAAUGUAAAUGAUCUAGAAUUUUUUCGUUUUGAUUUAGUAAUAAUUUUAUAAAAUUA